GUUAUCACUUCGUUUGUUUUCUGUAGGAACUACAACUGCACUAGGCUGAAACUACUUGCUACCUGGUAGGUUUGUUUUAUUUAGUACUUUUCUCCCGUAAUUAUACAACUAAGUACAGUGAUAUAUGUGUGAGCAAUUGUGUUUGCUUUGAACAUAUUCAUUUUUGUCUUCAUAUGGCGUUCAUGUAUAUUAUGUUCGAAUAAUCGUUGCCUGACAAAUCAUCAUCAUCAUGCCGCCAGUACUAAAAUGCAUCGAAAUGGACAACUUCAAGUCCUACAGGGGUCAUCAUAUGAUUGGUCCUCUGAAGAACUUUACUGCUGUCAUUGGACCCAAUGGUUCUGGUAAAUCUAACUUUAUGGACGCCAUAAGUUUUGUUAUGGGUGAAAAAACUACCAGCCUCCGAGUAAAACGUCUCAGUGAUCUUAUACAUGGUGCUUCUGUUGGACAACCUGUCUCUCGCAGUGCUAGUGUAACUGCAGUUUUCAAAAUGGAUAGUGAAGGAACUGAAAAACGAUUUACUAGAACUGUGCAAGGAUCGUCAUCAGACUAUCGAAUUAACGAUGAAUCGGUCCCCAAUCAAGAAUAUUUUGCACAGUUAGAACAGAUUGGUGUGAAUGUUAAAGCAAAAAAUUUCUUGGUAUUUCAAGGUGCAGUUGAAUCAAUUGCUAUGAAAAAUCCAAAAGAAAGAACCGCUUUAUUUGAAGAAAUUAGUGGUUCUGGAGCAUUAAAAGAAGAUUAUGAUCGAUUGAAAGCAGAAGUGAUGAAAGCAGAAGAAGAAACUAAUUUCACAUACUUGAAAAAAAGAGGAGUUGCUGCUGAGCGUAAAGAAGCAAAGUUAGAGAAAGAAGAAGCAGAAAAGUAUCAAAAACUCAAGGAUGAAUUAGCACAAAAAGAAGUUGAAUAUCAGUUAUUUCGUUUGUAUCAAAAUGAGAAUAUGAUAAAAAAUUACGAACAAGAUUUAGAAGACCGUAAAAAAGAAGUUGCUAAAGUAGAAAGUAAAAAGGAAAAAGCCGAAGAAGUAGUUAAAGAAAAAAAAAAGGAGCAAGGCAAGGCUAGUCGUGAUCUGGCUAAAGUUGAACAAGAAAUCAGAGAAAUAGAGGUAGAGAUUAAUAAAAAACGUCCAUCAUUCAUCAAGUCCAAAGAAAGAGUGGCACAUAUACGUAAAAAAUUAAACACUGCAAAAAAGUCUUUAGCCGAAGUAGUAAUGGCCAAUGAUGCUCACAAAAAGGAUAUUGAUGAAUUGGAAGCUGAACUUAAAGAAGUUGAAAAACGGCGCCAUGAUUAUGAAGAACAAGUGGCUGGAGAAAGUCAUAGUCAGGGAAGAGAUGUUCAGUUAGAAGAUGCUCAAGUUUCGGAGUACAAUAAUUUGAAAAUUGAUGCUCGUAAACAGUCUGCAUUAUUUUUACAAGAGCUAGAUUCUAUCAACAGAGAACAAAAAGCUGAUCAAGAUAGGUUAGAUAAUGAGUUGCGCUUGAGAUCAGAACUUGAAAAUAAAAUAAAACAGAAAACUCAUGAAAAAGAAGAGGCCCAAAAGCGAGUGGACAAAUUAACUGAACAUAUUAAAUCUAGUGAAACUGCAUUGGAAGAACAGAGACGUUUAUUUGACGAUCUCCGUAAAGAUGUUGGUUCGUCCAAAGAUAAAGUGUCCAAGCUUCAAAGGGAUUUAGAUAAUGUUACUGAACAGUUGGGUGAUGCUAAAGUUGACAAACACGAUGAUAACAGACGUAAAAAGAAACAAGAGCUAGUUGAAAAUUUCAAAAAAGCAUAUCCAGGAGUGUAUGACCGCUUGAUCAACAUGUGUCAUCCUAUUAGCAACCGUUAUAAUGUAGCGAUUACAAAGGUGUUAGGUAAGUACAUGGAGGCCAUUAUUGUGGAUUCUGAGAAAACUGCACGUUUGUGCAUUCAAUACUUGAAAGAUCACAUGCUGGACCCGGAAACAUUUUUGCCCAUUGAUUAUUUGCAAACAAAACCACUGAAGGAGAGAUUACGAAACAUAAGUCGUCCACACAAUGUCAAGCUCAUGUAUGAUGUACUGGAAUUUGAUCCAGAAAUUGAUAGAGUUGUUUUGUUUGCAACCAACAAUGCUCUAGUAUGUGAAUCUCCUGAAGACGCCAAUCAUGUGGCUUAUGAACUUGAAAGAGAUGGAAGAUAUGACGCUGUUGCAUUAGAUGGAACAUUUUAUCAAAAAUCUGGUAUUAUAUCUGGAGGCAGUUUGGAUUUAGCUCGUAAAGCAAAACGUUGGGAUGAAAAACAUAUGACUCAAUUGAAGGCUUCUAAAGAAAAAUUAUCUGAAGAAUUGCGAGAUGCUAUGAAGAAAUCGCGUAAAGAGUCUGAACUCAAUACUGUUGACUCCCAAAUAAAAGGUUUAGAUAUGAGACUCAAGUAUGGUAAAACUGAUAAAGAAAACACUCUUAAACAAAUCAGAGAUUUGGAAAAGGAAUUGAAAUUCUUAGAAAACAAAUUAGAAGGGAGUGGACCACGUAUCGAAGAAAUUGAAAGAACAAUGCGGACUCGUGAUAUUGAAAUUCAGUCUAUGCGGGGUCGCAUGAAUUCAGUCGAGGAUGACGUGUUUGCUGAUUUUUGUCGUCAAAUUGGCAUGACUAACAUUCGUCAGUAUGAAGAACGUGAACUAAGGUCACAGCAAGAGAGGGCUAAAAUUCGUUUGGAGUUUGAAAACCAGAAAAAUCGAAUAAUGAGUCAAUUAGACUUUGAACGUACCAAAGACACACAGAACAAUGUGACACGUUGGGAGAGAGCAGUUCACGAUGAUGAAGAUGAACUUGAACGUGCCAAACAGGCAGAACAGAAGCAAAUGUCUGAAAUAGAGAUGGACAUGAAAGAAGUGGAUAGACUGAAAGCUCAGCGACAAACUAAAAAACAAGAAGUAGAUCAAAUGGACGAAGUGAUCAGCAAGGCAAGAAAAGAAGUCGGUGCUAUUGCUAAAGAUAUUCAAGCAGCUCAAAAGCAAGUAACUAACUUGGAGAACAAAGUAGAAAUGCGUAGAGCUGAUCGACAUGCAAUCCUAACUCACUGUCGGAUGGAGGACAUUAACAUACCGCUAUUACAAGGUAAUUUGGAAGAUAUUAUUCAAGAACAAUCUGUGAAUAACUCUGAAGAACAAGGGCGAGACAGUACAGCCAACACACAAGAGAUAUAUGAUCAGGAAGCAAGAAUUACUGUGGAUUACUCUUCAUUACCCGAUAAUCUCAAGGAUUUAGAAGAUUUAGAUGACAUUAAAAAAUUGACUGAUAAAAUGGCAAAAACUAUGGCUGAACAAUCGAUGAAACUGCAAAAGAUUCAUGCCCCUAAUUUCAAGGCAAUGCAAAAAUUGGAUCAAGCUAGGGAGAAAAUGCAAGAAACCGAUCGGGAAUUUAACACAGCCAGGACUCGCGCAAAGAAAGCUAAACAGAACUUUGAGCGUAUUAAGAAAGAGAGACACAACAAAUUCACUGAAUGUUUUGAGCAUGUAGCCAAUGAAAUUGAUUUGAUUUAUAAGGCCUUGUCGAAAAAUCAAUCGGCUCAGGCUUUCUUGGGACCUGAAAACCCAGAAGAACCUUAUUUGGAUGGCAUAAACUACAAUUGUGUAGCUCCAGGAAAACGUUUCCAACCCAUGUCCAAUUUAUCAGGAGGAGAAAAAACCGUCGCUGCAUUAGCUUUGUUAUUUGCCAUUCACAGUUAUCAGCCAGCUCCAUUUUUUGUACUCGAUGAAAUAGAUGCUGCUCUGGACAAUACUAAUAUUGGGAAAGUCGCUUCCUAUAUUCUACAGAAAAAAACCAAUUUACAAACUAUCGUUAUAUCUCUUAAAGAAGAAUUCUUCCAUCACGCCGAUGCUCUUGUUGGGAUCUGUCCAGAUGAAGGACAAUGUUUAAUCAGUAAAGUGAUAAUGAUGGACCUCGCUGAGUAUCCGUUGGCUGAAACUGAUGAAGCUAUAGCAUUUUCUCUACGUUAA